UAUGAAGUGCAAAUGAUGCUACAUAAUCAGAACUAGUUAUAUUGGGUGAGACUCAUCCUUCACAUUGUCAAUUUUGAGGUGAAAAUGUUGAGGCAAUUUUAAUUUUUGAGUUGUCCGUUUUGAGAUUUUGGUUGCAAAUAUGUCACAUAGCAUAUCGGAGUUUAAUAUUUUUCUGUUGCUAGCCACACCAGUUAAGAGAAAAAAUAUCACCAUCUUCUGUCAGCAUUGAAUUUUUGAAAUAGAUAGGGUCCAAUUUGUCGAGGCAAAGGACAAAACAAAUAGGACUGGUUAUUAGCAUGACACUGUAAAUACAGCUGAAGUUGAGCACGUGGAAAUUUCUUCAUCACCAGUGAGUGGUCAGACUGGAAAAUUUACCUGCUAUUAACAAAGUGAAUCAGGAGAUAUGCAUGGAAGUGUAUUUAGUGAACCUUCAGAAAGAAGACAUCUGCUUGGCUCUGAAAGUGUACAAAAUGAACAAGGAGAAACCAGCUUUUCAGAAAAUAUAACCAAGGGUCCUCUUACCGAAGAAAUGGGACCACCUCCUGCAGAAGUGAGCAAUAGUGGUCAGGCUGGAAAAAGUUCAUGCCCUCAAAAAAUUACCUUGGAAAAUAUACAUGAAUCUGAUUCCGGAAGUAUACAUGGUGAACCAUCAGAUCAAAAAAAUCAGCUUGUCUCUAAACUUAUACAAAAUAAACCACCAGAAACCAGCUCUGCAGUAUCCAGUUGUGCUGAUUUAAAAAAGCUGCAAUCAUCUUCUGGAAAUGCCACCACCAGUUCUCUUACUGUACCGUUGCAACCGCGUCCUCUAGAUGUAAUUGAGAGUAUUGAGACAGGAAAAAGUUUAUGCCCACAAGGAAUUACCUUGGAACAACAUGAAUCUGGUUCUGGAGGUCUACGUGGUGAACCAUCAGAAGAAAAAGAUAAGCCAGGUUCUGAACUUGUACAAUCUGGGCCAGUAAAAACCAGCCCUUCAGUUCCCGGCUAUACGGCUAAGGAACAAUUGCUGUCAACUUUUGGAAAUGUGACCAAGUCUUGUACUGAAUAUGGUGGACUGCCUUCUGAAGAUGUGAGCAAGAGUAGUCAGACUGGAAAAAGUUCAUCCCCGCAACAAAUGAUAUCAGAACAGACACUUAAAUUAGGUUCUGCAAAUGAUCGCUUAGAACGAAAAUCUCAGCUUGGCUCUGAACUUGUACAAAUUGAACCUGAAGGAACCAUCACUGUGGUGUCUAGCUUGUUUGGAAAUUCUGUUACCGAGUGUGUGGAACUUCUUCCUGAAGAUGUGAGUAGUUGUCAGAUGGGAAAAAGUUCAUGCCCUCAACAAACUAUAUCAGAACAGACUCAUGAAUUUGGUUCUGGAAUUAGUGAACAAAAACAUCAUCUUGACUCUGAACUUGCUCAAAAUGUAUCAGUUGAAACCAGCUUUAUGGUACCCAGUUGUAUUGUUAAGAAGAGUUCUCUCAUUGAAAAUAUUGGACCACCUCCUGAAGGUGCCAGCAAGGAUCUUAGUACUGAAGAACUUGGACCACCUCCAGAAGAUAUGGCCAACAAUUCUACGGUUGAACAGUCGGAAAUGCCACCUAAAAACACAAUCAAUAAUAAGAUGCAUUUGGGAUGCAGGGAUAAAAGAGCUCCAAAAUCAUUAAAGAAAAAAUAUAUGUUGAGGUCUUUGGUAGCAAGUGAUAGAAUUCUUCGUUCACGGACACAAGGGAAGCCUAAAGCCACUGAAUCAAGUAAUAAUUUGGCAAAUGUUAGCACUGUGGAAGAGAAACAAAGAAAGAGGAAGAAGAUAAUAGAGGAGAGGAGGGUAGCUGAUGAGUUUUCAAGAAUCAGGAGGCAUCUGAGAUAUUUAGUGAACCGAAUGAACUAUGAGCAAAGCCUCAUUGAUGCAUAUUCUAGUGAAGGCUGGAAAGGAGGCAGCCUUGAGAAAUUGAAGCCAGAGAAGGAGCUUCAACGGGCCACAUCUGAAAUAUUUCGACGCAAAUUGAAAAUAAGAGACCUAUUUCAACGUCUUGAUUCUCUAUGUGCUGAAGGAAGGCUUCCAAACUCUUUAUUUGAUUCUGAAGGAGAAAUUUGCAGUGAGGAUAUAUUCUGUGCAAAAUGUGGGUCAGAAGAACUGUCUGUGGAUAAUGAUAUUAUUCUCUGCGAUGGUGCUUGUGACCGUGGGUUCCACCAGUACUGUUUAGAGCCACCACUUCUUAGUGAAGACAUUCCCCCUGAUGAUGAGGGUUGGCUAUGCCCUGGAUGUGAUUGCAAAGUCGACUGCAUUGAAAUACUUAAUGACUCUCAAGGAACAAAUCUUUCUAUCAAUGACAAUUGGGAGAAGGUUUUUCCAGAGGCCGCUGCUGGACAUAAUCCGGAUCACAACUUUGGACUUCCUUCAGAUGAUUCUGAUGAUAAUGAUUAUAAUCCUGAUGAACCAGCUGAUGAGAAGGUUCAGGGAGAUGAAUCAAGUUCUGAUGAAUCUGAAUAUGCUUCUGCAACUGAGGAAUUGGAGGCACCACCAAAUGAUGAGCAGUAUUUAGGGCUUCCAUCUGAUGACUCUGAAGAUGAUGACUAUGAUCCUGAUGCUCCAGAUCUUGUUGUCAAGGAUGAGGAAAGUUCUAGUUCUGAUUUUACAUCAGACUCUGAGGAUCUUGCCGCAGCACUUGAUGAUAAUAGGUCCUUUGGAGAUGAUGAAGGCCCUACGUCUACAUCCAAUGAUGGUAUUAAGCCUCUCAGAAGUUCUGGUGGAAAAAGAUCCAAAGUUGGAGGAAAUAAGCAGUCUUUAAAUGAGGAGCUUUUGUCCAUAUUAGAGUCAGAUGCUGGCCAAGAUGGUUCUGCACCUGCUUCUGGGAAGAGACACGUAGAAAGGCUGGACUACAAAGAGCUGCAUGAUGAGGCAUAUGGAAAUGUUUCUACUGAUUCAAGUGACGACGAAGAUUAUGACGGUACUGCUUCACCAAGGAAAGGGAAGGAAAGCGAAUUUGCUCCAGUGUCACCAAAUGGAAAGAAUAAAGAGACAGAUCAUACUCCUAAGAGACGAACUCGCCAGAAGGCAAACAUUGAAGAUACAAAUAAUUCACCAACCAAAUCACUAGAUGGCUCUUGUAAACCUGGUUCUAGUGGUGAAAGAUCUAGAUCAUCAGCAUAUAAAAGACUUGGGGAAGCUGUAACUCAGAUACUCUACAAAUGCUUCAAGGAGAAUCAGUAUCCUGAGCGAGCAACUAAAGAGAGAUUGGCACAAGAGCUAGGACUCACUUUCCGGCAGAUAAGCAAAUGGUUCGAGAAUGCUCGACAUUCAUUGCGUCUGGAAGCUACUGUAGCUGAUAGCCCUUCAAAGAAGGGCACUCCCUCGCCUCAUACGAAUGAAAAACUGCUUGUGCGGGGACCAGAUACGGUUAUCAGAGAUGCCAUUUGCAAUGGAGCGCAACACGUUUCACCCAAGUCGGGUACCGCUGCCGAAAGCAGCCGAGAAAAUUCUACAGCCCCAAAUUCUAGAAAGAGAAAGGGUAGAUCAAAUAUUCAGGAAUCCAAUCCAGAUGCGAGAAUUGACGAAGUGGCAAGAGCAAAUGAAGUGCAAUCAGGUGGUGGAAUCAAGACAAGGAGAAGGAAAUAUUGACCAUUCUAAUCCUAAGAGAUUAAUUCUGACCAUUCACCUCUUGAAAGAGCGAGAUCUUUUGAGAUGAGCAAUUGGCGUCAUGAAAGGUUUUUACUUUUCUUCCCAGAAGGUAAUCUGAUCACCUAGGCCAUUGUUGUUCUGUAAUUUGAUUUUAUUUCUUUUGGUCUUCCUCUCCCAGGCAAUUCACUUUCCUCCCCACAAAAUAAAGCUUCCCCUACUGAUACAC